AUGGCCACGACAGCGUCGACGGAGAAGGUGGACGUGGAUAAGGAUUUGCCGAAGAAGAAGCUCAUCAACACAAAUCUGAUAUCGCUCAAAUUUCUUCUGUUCAUCUUUUUCGGAGGAAUCGGCUGUCUCUUCCCGUUUCUUCCGCUGCACAUGACGAAGGUGGGACUGAGCAUCGAAAAUGUCAGAUUCGUGUCGAUGGUCUCGCCGGCGGUGGCGAUACUGGGGCCGCUGAUAGCGGGACCGAUCGCUGAUAAACUCGCCGGUCAUCAGAGUAAGAAUGACAAAUCUUCGACCGGUCGUUACCUCCGCGUGAUGAUCGCCGUCGCCUGCAUCUUCUCGGCGCUCUUCUACUCGCUCUUGGUGCUGAUACCCACAGUGGACCGCGCUUUGCCGCCGGGCGGCAAAGGUCCGGAUUUGAAGUUCAACUGCGAUCGGCACGGAGCAAUGGUGCGACAAGAUAGAUGCGAGAAUCGCUUCGGCUGCCAUCGCUGGACUGAUGAUGAUAGCGGAGUGGGCACCAUGCUGCUGGAAAAGUGUAACUACGCCUGCUACCCGACCGGUUCGCGGCGGUGGCACGCGGAAAUCGCACGUACGACGACGUUUCGAAACACCGCUGACGCUGAGUCUGACCUCUUUGAUGGCAGUGGCGAGACCACGGUCGCACCGCUGGACAGUGAACUCUAUGCGCAGGAGGAUCGCGAAGAAACGAAAAAAGAUCGUCGUUACGUCACGAAUGAGAACGAGCCACCACAUCUAUGCUACAAGGACGAGGACGACAAUAUCAUCUGUCAUGUUUAUACGGAAUAUUCCGGUAUCCUGCCAGUGAACGGUAGCCUCGGACAUGCAUUGAAUCCUGAAAACGAGAAAGAAUGGUGUGCAUAUCCCGUGGCCGAAUACUUCGCUUGUCGUAUACCGCUCGAGAUGGAAGCAAGAAUGGCCAAGUUCAAUCAGACUUGCUCCAUAGAAUGCGAUCUAGUCGAUCCGUAUACUCAUCCAGGCAGCAUACUGGCGGAAAGCCAGUGUCAGCGUACCGGAGAUUGGGCGGAAGCGGCGUUCUGGAUGUACCUAUUCGUACGCUCGGUCGCGGAUAUUUUCCCAACGACUGCCGUGGCGUUGAUUGACGCGGCGGUAGUGAUUGCGACCAGGGAGACAUCAUGCGGUCGCGGCGACGUGGGCCGUCAAUUGGCAUUUGGUUCUCUUGGUUUUGCCCUGUUCGGACCGUUGUCCGGCUAUUUGAGCACCUUGACAAGCGACAUCGGGCCGGCCUAUUGGCUGCCGCUUAUCUUACACGCCGCGCUGAUGAUUCUUGCGGCCGUUGUCGCCUUGUCGGCGAACGGCAUGCCGCUAAGUCCGCCCGAAUGGUGGUGGCACACGAGAAGCGGCAUGCUGGCACUGCCGAUGAGCGCAAUCAAGAGGUACGGCAGCGAGACCGCCGCCCUGUUCUUUGUCUUGCUAGUCAUGGGAACUUUCUGGGGCGCAAUGGACAACUACCUGCCUUUGCAUCUGCAAAGACUAGGGGGCGAUGAACUUUCUAUUGGUGUCGCUAUGACCGUCGGAGCGGUACCGGCGUUCCUUUUCCUAUGGAAAUCCGAACAUCUUGUGGACUACUGUGGACACAGUAAUCUUCUCAUCACUGCCUUCACGGUGUACAUAAUCAGGUUCACCGGACUGAGUCUCGUAUCGGGGCCUUGGUGGUCUCUAAUUUCGGAGGCUCUAGAAGUAUUCACCUUAGGAAUAAUGUGGGUUACUGCCAUUCUCUAUCUGAGACACUUGGUACCGCGUCAUUUGACUGUAACUGCCCAAGCGCUGCCUGUGAUAGCUCACUUUUGCAUCGGCCGGUGCCUCGGAGCCGUCAUCGGUGCUUAUAUCAAUUUUGGUGACGAGGAUAUCGUACUCUCGCUGAGAUUCGUGUAUCGCUGUAUGGCGAUAGCGGCGGCCAUCGUUGCUGCUUUGUAUUUCAUAUUGUACCACGGUCUACUGAAACCGAGAUGUCAUGCACACACCAUCCAAGGUCCCCGUCAACCUUCCACGAUUGUGCAAGCGAUGAAUGGAAAUGGAAAUUACACGCCGCUGAGGGUAUACCAUAAUGGAAUGGGCAGAAAAGGUCAAUUUCGAUACUAGGAAGUUAUCUAUAAGGACGAAUGAAGAGUUCUAGGGGCAACGCUGCAACAAUGAUUCCGCAAUGCAACGCUUCAUCAGCGAUGAAGUGCCGACGAUGUGUGCUCUCAUAUAUUUUCGUUGCAUCGCAUUUAUUGUUAAUUUGUUAAUUUAAGCCUAUCGACAUUACCAUUUUCGUUUCUUAACAUUAUUAUUUAUAUGAACCAUUUUCACAGGACCAUUACUUGCUCAAAUACGUUCUACGAGCUAUACAUCAUCAGUUUCUAUAUUUGUAUAGAAUAUGUAUAAGUGUAAGUAACGACAGCAAGUAAUAUAAUAUUAACGAAAAGCUUUUCGUAUUGGAGUAAUAAAAAGAGAAAAGAGUAAACUUCUUUUUUUUUAAUAUAUAAAUCGUCCAAGAAAGUGCAUAAUGCUUCUUUAGUUUUCUAUUAAGUUCACAUUUUUUUUUGUACAAUCGCUACGUUUAUAAAACAUCUUAAGAUAUUAGAUGAACAAUUUUUUAUGGCGAAAUCAUUACAGCGAGACUUAUAAGCGUCUUUACAUGUAAUAUAAGUCAAGUAUCAUCAAUAUACUAACAGUAAGAUGUCUAUAUAUUUGAGAUUGGACGAAUGUUAUGUUUCUGUGAGUUGAUAUAUGUAUACAAGAAAAAUGAAAUAAAGAGACAUGUUAAAGAGAAA